GUCGGAACAGUGUAUGACAGUUUGUAAACAGACGCAGGAUGUUGAUGCCUGGACCUUUGCUCCGUGCACCACAUUUUGGUUUCAGCCACUGAGACUGAAUCUUUGAUGUCCAGUAAUGUUUGAUGACGAGGCACUGCAUGGGCUGAACAGUACUAGGACUGUCGAAGGCUGCUAAACGCUCUCAGCUCGCCAGUGACUGGUGGCGCAAUAAACCAGUUUCCAAAGAUACCGGAUUGACGGUGUUGUUUUACAGAUCUGGUGUUCGUGCUGGAAGCGUUUGCAGCGUUCGAGGAGCACCAGUUUUGCCAAGCUUCCUCUUGGGCCCAGACAGCAGAUGUUCCAUCUUUGCUGCCUCGAGGUGUCUGCAUCCGCUCCUUCCCAGGUGUGCACGCUAAAGGAACCCGCUCACUUCCUCCGCCUCUCCGGCUCCCCUCUGGUACGCCGCCUGUGUGGGUGAUGGAGGGCUUGGAGGUCGAGGACAUCAGCCCGGCCCUCGAGGCCACAGAGGACUACCUGCACGGACCGGACGGCGUGCAGGACGACGGCCAAGUUCGGCCACCCAAGCUGAAAGAAGUUUCGGCUCUGGACGAGCUGAGCUCUAGCGGAGUGUGGGGGCUGCUGUCUGGGGGGCAGGCGGAGAUGUCGUCCCACCGCCUGGCCUGGGCAGAGCAGACGUCCUCCUUCGGCGUGCUUGGCUUGAGGAGUGGGAAGAGGAACCGAGCUCGCUCCACCAACGACUUGGCGGCCCACGCCAAGGAGAACAACUCCACCAGCAACACCAGUGGGGGCUUCAAGAGGGGGCACAACAGAUCCCGCUCCGACGUCAACAACCGGACGUACAUGGACAAUGGCGUGCCAGCAGUCGACAAGAACACACUCAAGAACAUGGCGCUAAAUAACCAACAGGAAGCCAACAAAGAGAGCAGCCCUAGCGUGGUGAAACAGGGCGUGCUGGACCAGAGGGAGGGUGCGUGGGGCCGCUGGUGCGCCUGCCACGUGGAGCUGACGCCAUGUGAGCUGCGCCUCUACAGCCUGGACAGCAGCGGCAACCGCCAGCUGUGCACGGCGCUCUCUCUCUCGCACUGCCAGGCGGUGGGCGCGCCGCUGCCCCAGGACGGCCGUGUGCUACAGGCUCUCUUCUUCAACAGCACCCGUUUGCAGCUCCGCGCUCCCUGCCAGCGGGAGGCGCUAGAGUGGCGCCGAUUGCUGUGGGAGCGCGUCGUGGCCGCCCGCCCGGCCCGCCAGCAGGAGGAGGAGCCUCCCGCGGCCCAGGGCCCGCCCCGCGAGCGCGCCUCGGACGCCCGGCCGCCGCGGCCCAAGGCCCUGCCGCUCUACACGCAGCGCUGCCCCGAAGCGCUCAAGGCGGGCGUCCUCUACCAGCUCAGUGACCUCAACAACUGGAGCGCCUUCACGUUCGUGCUGGGCCGCACGUGCCUGCAGGCCUUCCCCACGGAGGGGCGGGGCCCCGUCUCCGAGCCCGUGAUGCAGUAUACACUCGCCUCCUGCCUGGCGGUGCAGCGCGACGAGGCCGAGGGCGGCGGCCGCGCCCGCUUCCAGGCCGUCUUCCCCGACGAGGUGCUGCGCCUGCGGGCCGAGAGCGAACUCAAGGCCCAGGACUGGGUGGAGGCCCUGCGUGCGGCCGUGGCCUCCCAGAGGACGCAGGCCGACGGCGGGCAGCCGGCGGCCCCCGGCGUGCUGAUGCGGAGCAGGCCUGCCCGCGAGCGUCAGCAGAGGGGGACCCAGAGGGCUAAGCGGCAGUCCGUCACCACCAGCUUCCUCAGCAUUCUCACCUGCUUGGCUGUGGAGAAAGGCCUGACUGCUCAGAGCUUCAGAUGCGCAGGAUGUCAGAGGCUGGUGGGUCUGUCCCGAGGCAAAGCCAAGGUGUGCUGCUACAGUGGGUGGUACUACUGCCAGAGUUGCCAUCAGGACAACCUCUUCCUCAUUCCUGCUCGACUACUGCAUAACUGGGACACAAACAAACAUAAGGUGUCCAAACAAGCGAAGGAGUUUCUGGAGUUCAUCUACGAGGAGCCAUUGCUGGAUGUGCAGCAGCUGAACCCGUGUCUGUACGAGCACGCGGAGCCCCUGGCCACCGUGCUCAGGCUGCGGCAGCAGCUCCAGUCGCUCAGGGCGUAUUUGUUCAGCUGCCGAGCCACGGUGGCCGAGGACCUGCGCCGCCGGAUUUUCCCAAGGGAAUACCUGUUACAGCACAUUCACCUGUACUCCCUGGCAGAUCUUCAGCAGGUGAUAGAUGGGAAGCUUGCUCCGUUCCUCUCCAAAGUAAUCAAGUUCGCCAGUUCCCACGUGUACAGCUGCAGCCUUUGCCGAGAGAAGGGCUUCGUCUGUGAGCUCUGCCAGAACGGCCAGAUCCUCUACCCUUUCCAGGAGAACGCCACCAAGAGGUGCGAAGGCUGUGGAGCAGUGUUCCACGCUGAGUGUAGGUUGCGAGCCCAGCCCUGCCCGCGCUGCGUGCGCCGUGAACUGCACAAGAAGCCCUCGUCCUUCUGGAGGAGGCACAACCGCUGCGACAGCCCUGACGACGACCUCUCGGGCUGCUUCGAGCUGGACACCUGAGCCAGGGCUCGGAGGGAGAGAGUCAGCCACCCCCUCAGCCCCCACGCACCAACCAGGAGCCCUGCAUGGCUGCACGCGUGCAGCUACGCGCGAGCAGACUCUGUCGGCCCCUGCAGAAGUGCUCCUUGUUUGUUGACAAGGAUCAGAGGGGGUCUUUUUUGCUUUUGUUUUUCAGUCGACUCUCUCUAGAGACACUCUCUCUGUCCCUCUCCACGUCUGCGAUGCUCUUGCCCGAGGGAGGUGGGUGCACAUAGACAGUACUGCAGUCCCCGAAGAGCAGAGCUUUCAUAAUGAUGCCAAUUUACCCUCUCCUUUCAUCUACCAAAUGACAGCCGGGCCAACCGACAAACGUGGACCGCCGAGGUGCACUCGCAUACUAGCGUGUGAACAAACUCUUGCAGUCUGACACAAAAUAAUGCACUCUCUGGAAAACCAAGGCCAAUAAUUCAAACAAUUUUCUCUACACAGCGGAGCGUCUAAUCCAUUAAUGGGUGUGCUAAAAUCGUCCGUGGAGAAAUGAGGAUUCCGUCACCCUCUGCUUAGCCCUCCCGUGUUAAAGGAGCGUCCUCCUAGAAUCGCUUUGUGAACGGCUGGACAGGAAUAUCAAGGUCGCCUUACUCUGUCUUCCUCUUCUUGCUCCUGAACACACUCCACGUCCACUCCUGUUGGUCUAUCUGCACUCCAUUGGCCUUCUGCACCCCCUCGUUCGGUAAACGGACAAACCGAUCCCUGGCUUCCUGUCGUUUAGUUUGCCACCGGGGAGAGAGCUUGCUGUCGUAACCAGCACCGGACAACAGACCAAGCCUUGGGGACCCCCGCCCCAGUGUUCUUAAACAAACGUGCACAAGUUUUAGGUCCCUCUGAAGUACUUGGCUCUUUUCAGGGAGACUGGCCUCAUGUCCCAUUCAGCUGGAGCUGGAGUUUAUCGCUACUUAAUGGCACUGCCUAUAUGCAGCCGAACCGCUGACUCUGAUUACAAACUACCCUCAGCCGCAAGAUCCCAAAUUACAGUCCAGAGCGCUGGGGCUUUGUUUAGCCUCCCUAGGGCCAGUCCAACGAGGAGCGCGUAGGAAACCCAUCGGGAAACGGGCUCGUUACUGACGUCGUCCCUCUGAGCGCUGCUUUGGACCCGUAUCAGUUGACCCUCCCUAUGGGUGUGCGCUCACACUCCAUUUUCCCGCUACUUGAACUAAUCCUUGGCAAUAAUGUCUGUCCUUUGUUUUUUGCUGCCUUAUUUCACAUCUUUCCCAAAACGACAGUGCUUUGACGAUACAGAAUGAUAGAUUGUUGUGCUUGAAUAUUUUUUUUUUUCCUUCUUCUUAGAUACUUUUUUCCACCCCUAUGCAAACUAUGCGGGCUAAGUGCCGUUUCUUGGCUGAGUCUGUCCAAACCCUCCCCCUCCCCCAGCAUCGCCACUUCUGUCCUGUUGCGUCCCCGCCGACUGCCGCGGCGCAGCGGUCGCGCUCAGACCUCUCUGCUCCUCUUCCUCUGCCAGCAACACACGAGCUUUCAGUAUUAUUCCCUUUUCAAGCUUUGCUCUAACUCGGUGGAACGCUGGAUAUUCCGAAGGAUAAAGUCUCAUGUUAUCGUAGCCGCUGCACAGUCCUGACUGGACUAGUAACUCCUAGAGGAACUCUAGGAGUCCAGAAGGAUUCGUCAGUGUUCCACCUAUGUCACCUCUGGCGUGUAGCUAGGUCAAUAUGGAAGUACACAUUUUGUUACCAUCUUGAAGGCACACGUUUGUGUGUUUACUGCUCUAAAAUGUUGUUUACAUGACGUUUGUUUCUGAUCAAGAGCAGACAUGCUCCUCUGAAUGCAGCUUUUCUCCCCUUUUGAUAUUUGCUCCAAGUGUACUUUGUUUACUAUUAAGUGUGUGUUGUGCCAGUUCAUAAUUGCUCAGAGUUCAAACAUAUUUAUUCUCUCUCUCUCUCUCUCUCUCUCUCUCUCUCUCUCCUCUUUCCUUUUUUGCCUGCCUUAAACUGGAAGCUAAUGCUUCAGCCCCUAAUCGGGUUAAUUAGUCUAAUCAGUUUAUAUAUCUAAUAUUUUCCCCAUUCUGUUUAUUUAGUAUCUGAAUCCUUAACUGUCCUUGGGAAAUAAGUGUCAAAGUACCACCCCUUCCUAUGAAGGUAAGAAAAUGUUGAUUUUCAGUCUCAGCUGGGGGUGGUGUCCUUGGUCAGACUAUAAUAGGUGUGAGGACAGAGAUCACAAUGAUACGACUGCAGAAAGCAGGCCCGUAUGUCUUACUGGUGACAUCAUGGUUUUAACCUUUCAGUGGGAUCACAUCAGAAACCAGCAAGUUUGCACAAAACACGGGAAUGACCAAAGGGUUAGAAUGUCACACCAUCCACACCAUCUCAUCUGCUUAACCCAACAGGCUUUGCGCAUCAUGAAUAUUGUAAAAAGGUAGAAUGAUUAGGCUUGCUCUGAAAUAAUGGUUAACUACUGAUUAGCAUAGCACUGUUCAGAAACCUGAUGUUAGCUGGUCGGAGUUGGCUUCUGUGCUAAGCUGAGUUAGCCAUUGGCACUCCACUAGAUAUAUUUUUGUUCCAAAUUUUAAAUACUUGACUAAUCUAAAUGGAUUUGUAAAUGCUUUAGAAAUAGUUUGUUAAUCGGGGAUGCUUGGUAUAACGUGCACAUACAGCCUGUUGAUCUCGAUGGAAGUAUUUUUGUUUAGAUGGCCAUUUACCUGUUUAUUAGUACUGUUGUAAUGUUAUCUUCAGGGAUUUUAGGUACAUUGGACAGGGUGGAUGAUGCCCACGGCAGAUCAAAGGCACUGAACUUGAAGGAUGUACUUUCUGAACAUUGGAUUUACUUUGUACACCAAAUCUUUUGUUGUUGUUUUUUUCUUGUUGCAGUCGAACCAAGAAUUCUUUUUUCUUUUUGUCAUAAUCCCGAGUUCAUUUUGCUAUUUAUUGUAUUUACGUUGUGUUCAUGUUUGUUGCGAUUCAGCUGCUUCUGGGCUUGAUUCUGGGGUUUCUUACCUUACCGUCACAUCCAAAAACUAUAGCACAGACAACCUCUUAUGCAAGUAUGGAGAGAUUUUUGUUUGAGUAUUGAUUCCGACCCACGUUCUGUGUUUUGAAAAUAAUGCCAAUAAAGGAAGUUGCGUAACAAGUUCA